CCCCCGCCGCCCGCCCCGCCGGGCCCGGCCUGUCACGGCGCCGCCGCCGCCAUCGCGCCCCCCCCUCCCCUCAGCGGCCCCGGCGGCCGCGCUGAGCCCCCGGCCCCGCAGUACAUCCAGGCCGAGCCCCCCACCAACAAGUCGCUGUCGAGCCUGGUGGUGCAGCUGCUGCAGUUCCAGGAGGAGGUGUUCGGCAAGCACGUCAGCAACGCGCCCCUCACCAAGCUGCCGAUCAAAUGCUUCCUGGAUUUCAAGGCGGGGGGAGCCCUGUGCCACAUCCUGGCAGCCGCCUAUAAAUUCAAGAGCGACCAAGGAUGGCGGCGUUUCGAUUUCCAGAAUCCCUCGCGCAUGGACCGCAACGUGGAGAUGUUCAUGACCAUCGAGAAAUCCCUGGUGCAGAACAACUGCCUGGCUCGGCCCAACAUCUUCCUGCACCAGGAGAUCGAGCCCAAACUGCUGGGGAAGCUCAAGGACAUCGUCAAGAGGCACCAGGGCACCGUGACCGAGGACAAGAGCAACGCGUCCCACAUCGUCUGCCCCGUGCCUGGGAACCUGGAGGAAGAGGAGUGGGUCCGGCCCGUCAUGAAGCGUGACAAGCAGGUGCUGCUGCACUGGGGGUACUACCCUGACAGCUAUGACACCUGGAUCCCGGCCAGCGAGAUCGAGGCGUCCGUGGAGGAUCCCCCGACACCGGAGAAACCCCGGAAGGUCCACGCCAAGUGGAUCCUGGACACGGACACCUUCAACGAGUGGAUGAACGAGGAGGAUUACGAGGUGACGGACGAGAAGAGCCCCGUCACCCGCAGGAAGAAGAUCUCGGCCAAGACACUGACAGAUGAGGUGAACAGCCCCGACUCGGAUCGGCGGGACAAGAAGGGGGGUAACUACAAGAAGAGGAAGCGCUCGCCCUCGCCCUCGCCCACCCCUGAGGCCAAGAAGAAGAACGCAAAGAAAGGACCCUCCACCCCCUAUAACAAAUCCAAGCGCGGGCACCGUGAGGAGGAGCAGGAGGACCUGACCAAGGACAUGGACGAGCCCUCGCCCGUCCCCAACGUGGAGGAGGUGACCCUGCCCAAAACAGUGAACACCAAGAAGGACUCGGAGUCGGCUCCCGUCAAGGGGGGCACCAUGACAGACCUGGAUGAGCAGGAAGAUGAGAGCAUGGAGACAGCUGGCAAGGACGAGGAGGAGAACGGCACCGGCAGCAAAGGGGAGCAGGCCAAGAACCCCGACCUGCACGAGGACAACGUGACAGAGCAGACCCACCACAUCAUCAUCCCCAGCUACGCCGCCUGGUUCGACUACAACAGCGUCCACGCCAUCGAGCGCCGCGCCCUGCCCGAGUUCUUCAACGGCAAAAACAAAUCCAAGACCCCCGAAAUAUACCUGGCGUACCGGAACUUCAUGAUCGACACGUACCGGCUGAACCCGCAGGAGUACCUGACCUCCACGGCCUGCCGGCGCAACCUGGCCGGGGACGUCUGUGCCAUCAUGCGGGUCCACGCCUUCCUGGAGCAGUGGGGUCUCAUCAACUACCAGGUGGACGCCGAGAGCCGGCCCACCCCCAUGGGCCCCCCGCCCACCUCGCACUUCCACGUGCUGGCCGACACGCCCUCGGGGCUGGUGCCGCUGCAGCCCAAGACGCCCCAGCAGCCCAGCUCGGCCUCGCAGCAGAUGCUGAACUUCCCGGACAAGGGCAAGGAGAAGCCGGCGGACAUGCAGAACUUCGGGCUCCGCACCGACAUGUACACCAAGAAGAACGUCCCCUCCAAGAGCAAAGCGGCCGCCAGCGCCACGCGGGAGUGGACGGAGCAGGAGACGCUGCUGCUGCUGGAGGCCCUGGAGAUGUACAAGGACGACUGGAACAAGGUGUCGGAGCACGUGGGCAGCCGCACGCAGGACGAGUGCAUCCUGCACUUCCUGCGCCUGCCCAUCGAGGAUCCCUACCUGGAGGACUCGGAGGCCUCGCUGGGACCCCUGGCCUACCAGCCCAUCCCCUUCAGCCAGUCGGGCAACCCCGUCAUGAGCACCGUGGCCUUCCUGGCCUCCGUGGUGGAUCCGCGCGUGGCCUCGGCCGCCGCCAAGUCGGCUCUGGAGGAAUUCUCCAAGAUGAAGGAGGAGGUGCCCACGGCGCUGGUGGAGGCCCACGUGCGCAAGGUGGAGGAGGCGGCCAAGGUGACGGGCAAGGCCGACCCCGCCUUCGGGCUGGAGAGCAGCGGCAUCGCCGGCACCGCCUCGGAGGAGCCCGAGCGCAUCGAGGAGAGCGGGGCGGAGGAGGCGCGGGCGGAGGCGCAGCCGGCCGAGGAGAAGAAGGAGGCGAAGGAGCCCAGGGAUGGCACCGCCGAGGAGGAGACCAAGGAGAAACCCGGGGAAACCCCCAAGAAGGAGGAGGAGAAGGGGAAGGAGGUGGAGAGCGAGAAGGAGCCCGACAAGGGCGACGGUGACAGCACAGGGGAGCCCGAGAAGGAGAAGGAGGUGAAGGAAGGGCCGGAUGAGGCACCCAAGGAGCCCCCAGAGCCCGAGGCCGAGCGCAAGGCCAAGGUGGAGCGGGACAUCGGCGAGGGGAACCUGUCCACGGCCGCCGCCGCCGCGCUGGCCGCCGCCGCCGUCAAGGCCAAGCACCUGGCGGCCGUGGAGGAGCGCAAGAUCAAGUCCCUGGUGGCGCUGCUGGUGGAGACGCAGAUGAAGAAGCUGGAGAUCAAACUGCGGCACUUCGAGGAGCUGGAGACCAUCAUGGACCGCGAGCGCGAGGCCCUGGAAUACCAACGGCAGCAGCUGCUGGCCGACCGCCAGGCGUUCCACAUGGAGCAGCUGAAAUACGCCGAGAUGCGCGCCCGGCAGCAGCACUUCCAGCACCUGCAGCAGCAGCAGCAGCAGCAGCAGCCCCCGCUGCCCCCCGGGGCACAGCCCCUGCCCGCCACCGGUGCUCAGGGAUUGCGGUUGGCUGAUUAA